AAAUUCCGCAAUCUUAUCUCAAGUUUUUGUAUCAUUAUAGCAGCCGACAAUACUUCAGUCUCUCGGUUAAUCAUGCACAGAGUCAGUGGAGGAGUAUUUGCCCGUCUCUGCGGUUCUAGAAUAUCUAAUCAACUUAAUGAGAAUGUUUGCAAUUAUUCUCGUUCCUUAGUCAGCCCACAGAAUGGUCCAAAGAUAGCUGUGGUGGGGGCUGGCCCUGCAGGAUUCUACGCUGCUCAACAUAUUGCUCAGGCAAGGCCCGAUGCAACAAUAGAUAUUUAUGAAAAGCUUCCAGUGCCAUUUGGACUAGUGAGGUUUGGUGUCGCUCCUGAUCAUCCAGAUGUAAAGAAAUGUAUAUCAACCUUUAACAAAACUGCCGAAUUACCCAAUAUUACGUUCUAUGGAAACACUGCUCUUGGAAGAGAUAUAAGUCUAAAGCAAUUGAAGCAGUGCUAUAACAGUGUACUACUUAGCUAUGGAGCAGAGGAGGAUCAACGUCUUGGUAUCCCUGGCGAGCACCUUAAAAAUGUCACAGCUGCUAGGUCGGUUGUAUCUAUGUAUAAUGGUUUACCAGGAGCUCAGGGUGUUGAAAUAAACCUGGAUACUGAGACCGUUGUUAUUAUUGGAAUAGGGAAUGUUGCUGUUGAUGUCGCCAGAUUAAUUCUUACACCCAUAGAUGUUCUAAGGAAGUAUGACACUACUGAAGAUUGGUUGGAAAAGUUGCGCAGUAGUCGUGUCAAGCGUGUGGUAUUAAUUGGUAGACGUGGACCUCUCAAUAUCAGUUUUACAGUUAAAGAACUCAGAGAGAUGCUGAAGCUCGAAAAUGUGCGUCCAGUCUUUCACAAGGAACAAUAUUUACCUUUCAAGGAACAGGUUGCUAAACAGGAACGUGGACGAAAACGUGUGAUUGAGCUCUUAUUUAAAAGUGCACUUACUGAACCUGAACCCGAAACUGCUGAAAGAUGGGCCAGGGCAGAAAAAGAGAUGGAACUAAAACUGCUUAGGUCGCCACUUGAGUUCUUGCCGGGUCGUGACGGUAAAUCUGUGGAGAAAAUAAAACUGGCAGUGAAUGUCAUGAAGGGAGACACUGUAAUGGAGACAAAAGAAACUGAAGAAAUAGAAACUGGUUUAGUUCUUAGAUCUAUUGGGUAUAAAUCGAUUCAAGCAGACAAGGACUUGCCAUUUAAUGAUAAGAAAGGAGUUGCGAAAAAUGUUGAUGGUCGUGUGAGUGAAGGGGUAUAUGCAGCAGGCUGGUUAGCUACCGGACCCAGAGGAGUGAUUGUAGAUACCAUGGGAACAGCAUUCAAGAUUGGAGCAAAUGUUGUAGCAGAUCUAGAAAAAGGACAUAAGGAGAAUCCAGGACGAUCUGGAAUGCCUAGUUUGCCAAAAAGUACAAGCUGGAAAGAUUGGCGUAAAUUAGAAAAGAUCGAGAUGGAAGCUGGAAAACUCAUUGGGCGACCUAAAGAAAAGAUAACUUCCGUUUCUGAGAUGCUUAGCAAAAUUCAGUCAUAAUUGUUUAAAUGCCAAUGCUAACUUCUUUUUAAAAACUGCAUUUAAUUAUAGAGCCUUUAACUUUA